AUGUUGACUGCAUUUUUUGACAGAAAUAAAGAAGACGAGGGUGCAAGACAACAUUUAUAUAAAGACUUUCCAAAACAUUACACAUGGAAUGCGAGCGCACGUCGUUGGAAUCAGAGAAAACAAGGAUCAAUGAUAGGACGAUUGGUUUAUGCUAAUCCCGCCGAAGGAGAGCGGUAUUACCUACGCCUACUUUUAUCUCAUAUUAGUGGGCCUACAUCUUUUAAAGAUCUAUUYACAGUCAAUGGCAUAUUAUACCCGACAUUUCGGAAAGCAGCACUUGAGAGAGGCUUAAUAGAGACAGACGAUAACUUAUCACAAUGUCUUGCAGAGGCUUCUUUAUUUCAGUUUCCCAAAGCUCUGAGGAGGCUAUUUGCGACAAUAUUAAUUUAUUGUGAGCCAGGAGAUGUUCGCAAGUUGUGGGAUCAACAUUAUGAUUCACUUUCAGAAGAUUAUAGACGACAAUGCGAAAGUGCUGACCGAGUUUGGAAUAUGGUCCUAACUGACAUCACAAGCUUUCUACAAUCUAUAGCUCACUCCCGAUUUAAAAUUCCCCUUAAUCUUGAUAACAACUCCAUGUGCAACAUAAAAAAACAAAGCGGGACUGCUAAAUUGCUACGGGAUGCAAAGAUAAUCAUUUGGGACGAAGCGUCAAUGGCUAAGAGGCAGGCGGUGGAGGCGCUUGAUCGAACAAUGCAAGACAUCACAGGGGUGACACUAUCAUUCGGUGGAAAAAUAAUGGUUAUGGGAGGUGAUUUUAGGCAGGUCUUACCGGUCGUGAGACGUGGAACCCGAGCACAGAUUGUAGAUUCAAGCCUACGAAUGUCACCUCUUUGGUCUUCAAUUAAAAAAAUACGUUUAACUCUCAAUAUGAGAGCACGAAGUGAUCCAUGGUUUUCAGAUUUUCUACUACGAGUGGGUGAUGGAGAUGAAGAAAUGAUGGAAGAAAGCUUUAUACGUAUUCCCGAUGACAUGACCAUUGCCUAUACUGAUAAAGAUAAAUCAAAACAUGAUUUGAUUGACGCAAUAUUUCCAUCUCUGCAAAUCAACGGAGCAGAUUCAGACUAUAUUAUUUCGAGGGCGAUAUUAUCAACAAAAAAUGAAAAUGUUGAUGAAAUUAAUGAUCAGUUAAAACAUGUUUAA